AUGUCUUCUUCAGGUGAUACUCUGACACCACAGCAUCUCCGUGGAAGUCCCGUUGGAACAAGCUCUGAAAGCACGAGGGUUCAACGUCUCCUUGACAAUCAACGCAGUGGAUUAUCUGUCAAUUCAAACAAACACAAUAUACGGCCCACUACCCUCGACUCUCUCCUCAAGUUGAAUCCAUCGGGGUUAGUGGAUUUUUCUAAAGAUUAA